GCUUUUUUCUGCAGCAGAGUGGGAUGUAGAGUUUUGAGGAUCUUGCACGCAGCCUCUCCUCGCGCUCCAGUUUUUUUUAAGUAAAUGAUGGGAGCCAGUCUGCUGGAAGCCGUUUGGAUGGAGAGGCUUUUUUAUUGAUGAGAAAGGAGAAAUUUUACAGGAACUUUUGGGGGUGUUGCUUUUUUAUGUCCGCAGUGAGAUGGGAUCCAAUCGCUUCCUGUGCGCGCUGCUCUGUGCAGCAGCUCUGACGCUUUCUGGAGUUUUGGGUAAAGAUGGGAUCAGCAAGGCGCACAGGUGGACCAGACAGAGCGUCCCACUGCUGCUGGAAACACACACAGAGCCUCUAAACACAGCUUUGUUCAGGGGGCAGGAGGGAGAGGAGAGAGGAGGGACACUCUGUGGAAUAGAGUGUCAAAGCAGCCUGCCCCCUCUGGACCAGACUGAGCAAGAGAGGAUUCUGGGAUAUGAGACUAUGUAUGACAAUGGCACCCGCACGCACACAGAUAUCACUUUGCGGGGUUUCAACAAGACGUCUGCAGGAACACCGGCCCGCACACGGGCUCACACUCGCAGGAAACGACAGGUUUAUGGACCUGAUGGACGCUUUGUGAUCUCUGACUCGCACUUCAUCACCAACUACCCUUUCUCCACCGCCGUCCGUCUCUCCACAGGCUGCUCCGGCGUCCUGAUAUCCCAGAAGCACGUGCUGACAGCGGCACACUGCAUCCAUGACGGGAAGGACUACCUGGAGAACGCCAGGAGGCUGAGAGUCGGGGUGCUGCAGCUGAAGACCAAAAAGCGACGAGGGGGUAGGAGGAGAGGAGGGCGGCGGAGGGGUGGGAGGAGAGAGGAGGUGGAGGUGCAGGUGAUGGAGGAAGAUGAGGAGCAGAAUAGUAUAGAUGGAGAUGUGGUGAGUGGUAGAAAGGGAGGCAAAGGCAGGAGGCGCAGGGGAAGAAGAGAGGGUGAUCACGGGAGUAUGGGUGAGUCAGAGAGAGGGGGGAAACAAAGAAGUCGUAUUCGACGCAGUGAACCUGGAAAGCAGCCCGUCUUCCGUUGGACACGAGUCAAACAAACCAAAAUCCCUCAAGGAUGGAUCCAAACCAAGAGCUCCACCAAAUCACUGUCCCCCGACUACGAUUACGCCCUCCUGGAGCUCAAGCGACCCCUAAAACAAAAGCACAUGGAGCUGGGAGUGGCGCCCUCUGCCACCUUUCCAGCACGGAUCCACUUCUCAGGCUACGAUGCAGACAAAAGUCUGCUGGACGGGCGUGGAGAUGAAAAAGUGGUCUACCGGUUUUGUUCGGUGGCAAAGGAGUCUGACGAUUUGAUGUACCAGCACUGUGACGCGCAGCUGGGCGCCACAGGUGCAGGCGUUUAUGUUCGGCUGAGACAGGAGGCAGGAGGAGAAGGCAGGGGAGGGAAGUGGCAGCGGAAGGUGAUUGGGGUGUAUUCAGGCCAUCGGUGGGUAGAGGUGGAGGGAGGCGAGCAGAAGGACUUUAAUGUUGCAGUGAGGAUAACUCCGCCCAAAUACGCCCAGAUCUGCCACUGGAUCCACGGAGAUCCAAGUCUCUGUAAGGAGGUUUGACCGCAAAGCAAUGGAUCAAAGAGACUCAAACAUCUGGGCCUGUGUUUGUGAUUUUUUAAGUCUUAAGAAUUGUCUUAAACUUUGACUUAUGAGUUGUUGUUUUUUUUUUUUUUUGUAGUAAAAAGUAGGACUUAGACGCUUUGUACAAAGAAGCCGACCUCUGAGAGCAGACUGCGGUGUUGUCAAACAAGGAUUAAAAUCUGCCCAAAACAAUCCAGCCAAGGACUCCUAAAGAGAUAGAAAAUAUAUAUUUCUUUGCACCCCCUCAUGUAUGUCCCUGCUGGACAUACAGAAUACCCAUAAAUAAUGCAUUGGUUCAAUUAUCUGCAACGCUGCACCUAAACAAAAUAUCAAGUGCAAAUCAUGAGAAACAGCUCAACUGCCAGAAGAGACUAUGGACAUUGUACGUUUCUGCAGACCAUCAAUAUGUUACAUUUACAUGUUUCAUACAUGUCAUGUCAAUGUUUCUCAAGUGACGCAGUGCAUUAGCUGACUUUCUCAUCAGGAGGUGGAAAAGAUGUUGGAUGGUAUGUUACCUCCAUGCAGGCGAGACACCUGCCAAGCUGCAGGCCACUGUUCAAGACCAACAAACAACAAAACCGCUGUGAUCUAGCCAGUCAUUGCUGUGUUUCAAGCAGCUUUUUAGGCAUGCAGAGCAGUUGCUUUUUAAAGACACAUGUUUGCUUUUCAUGCCAAGAUAGUGGCACAAAGAAUCUUUCACUUCAACCAUACUGGCCAAGUACUGAUCUGAGAGCAGCUCACCUCUUCAGUCACAGUUAAUCAGGCAAAUCUAUAAUCUAGGACUUAAGCACGUCACUAAUUCUGGAUCUGUGGCCUGUUCGGCCAUUUGUCAGUUUAUUUAGUGACAGAAGGGAAAUCCCCAUGCAGUAGAUCCUUGAGAAUGAUUGGGAAAAAAAAGGCUAAAAAAUAGACAAUUAUUUGUAUUUGAUCGUGGUUAAAUUCUUCAGUUUGUAGGAGAAAUCCAUUAUCUAAAUACCACCUUUGUUUGUCUCUAAAACACCUAACUUAUAUAACUCUGAAACUGUAAAAGACAACAUUUUCUCCUAUGUUGCGAAACUUUCCAUGUUUCACAAUGUAAACACUUUGCUUUGUUUACUUUUGUAUAGACACAUGCAUAAGUAAAACCUGUUGGUCGUCAUUUCACAAUAUUAGGUCUACACAGCAUAUACAUGUAUUUUCCUGAUGUUAUUUUGUCUGUUACUGAGCAGAAAUGUUCAUGCCACAAUCACUUUUUUGUAAAACAAAUUCAUGCCGACAACAAAUAAAAAUGCUGAGCUUUCAAACAAGCCGACAAAAGCACAACAGAGUUAAGUGACGAGCCGUAAGGGUCGUUUGGAUCAGUGUAUUUGUCUUUUAUUGCAUCUCAUUUGGACUCACAUGCAGGUGGGGGUGAGGGAGAAAGAACGAUGCCAUCCAUAAUAACCCAAAAGAAAAACAACACAGCCUUCAUUUUGAAUACUUAGCAAACAUUAUUUAUCCACAUUCUUCUUUUUUUUUAAUGAGUCGUAGUCAUCUUUAUUUUUCUCUCAACACUUGCCACAAUGGAUUAAGAUACGGUCACUUUUGGAAAUAAACAACACACAGAACAUCCAGCGUAUACUUGAGUGCUUUACAGUGAGAAUCCUCGAGACUUUCAGCGGCAACAAACGAACCAACCGCUGCUGCAAAGAGGACCGAGGCCACAUCCCAAUCACAUACACAAACCUUGUCCUCUUGAUUUCCGCUUUAACAUCUUGUGUGGAGACCAAGACAAGGAAAGGAGCGCUCUGAGAGUUUUAUGUAUCCCAGAUUGACCUGUGUCGCAUGCUACGAUGCAGUGCCACUCCACACCAGCUGGGGGCGCAACAGUAAACACUCAGGGCAAAGUUUCCAUUCAAUACUGCCUCUGAUUACUGAUUGAGAGGUAUGUACAAAGAAGGCGGGGAUUUUUUUUUUGAGUCUACUUGCCUUAUUUUCAACCAUAUAAUUUAACUAAAAAUAUAUGAUACAUUUUUCUCUCAAAAUAAAGAUUAAAGAAAAUAUGUCUAUUAUUUAAAACAGUCUAAAAUGCAUAUGUCAAUUUGAACACAGUUCACAAAUUUUUGCAUGUUUCACACAAUCCAAAAAUAAAAAAAAAAAGAAAAAACUGAACACAGCUUGGUGUGUUUGAUGAUAAGUCCAGAUUGCAAGUUAUUUUCAGGUACAUUUUCAAAAACUUGAACAAGUGGGAGGAUGGAUGGCCAAGCAGAUAUAGGUACAACCAAGUUUUUAAUGACAUAAACAUAGCUCAGUAUUAGUUUUUGGACGACAGCGCGGGAGAGGAGAGGGAGUCGGGGGUUGGCCAGUGAAGUUACACACACCGAACACAGUCCACAUUUAACAACACGGUCCUCGUCUGGGAGA